UUUUUUUCCUCUUCUCUCUUUUUUUUUUGAAAACCUUUCAGUUCCUUCUUUCCUUAAGAGUCAUUGCAGCGGGUUUAUUUUUGGUUUCGGCCUUAGAAGCGGGAUCUUCUAUCGAAGCAUCGAGCAGCCGGGCAAUCUAAGUAUUCGCAUCCGGCUUUUACGACUGGGGGCAAACGACCAUAUCGCCCGUCAACCUUUCACGAAAUCCUAGUGCCGUGCUCCUCGACCCCGUCUCUCCUUUGGAUGCCGAUGAGCUAGCAUAGCUUAUUUCGAUCUUCGCUUCUACGAUGGACUUCCCUCGAAUUUCGCCACCUUCGAUUCACGUGCAUGACAUCAAUAAUCGUUAUGAUUAUCCUCGUUCCGCUGAUAGAUCACCGUAUACUAUGUCUGGACAGUCCUAUUCACCUCACGGGCCCAUGCCCAUCCCGACUAGCUCGAUAGCUACCUUUGCUCCGCCGCCUUUGCCCCCGCCGCCGCGCAUCAGCGAUUUGGAAAAUGGCUAUGAUGCUGGAUGGCUGCAUGCGAACCCGAAAAGCUCCGUCGGAGCCACCAAACUUGCACCAAUCAGCCCCAGCUCGAGUCUAUUUGGCGGCCACCGUCGUCCCGAACCAGUUCCCCAGGGUGACCGAAUGAUGAUCGACGAACUAGAUGGCAGGCAAAGUGGCUUGCCCAUUUCUCGAAGCCCCGAAGCCCACAUCAAGAUCGAGCCGCCACCGCCAGCCGACGAAGGUUUCCGAAACUCGAUGCAAGUCAGUAACACUAGCCCGAUAUUGAAAGGCGAGCGGGACUUCUCGCGGCGCAGCGUGAAAGACUCGUCGGAUGCAUAUGAUCAGCACCUCUUGUCCAAAAUAGGCAAACCGCUCUCCCCGCGACAGUCCAUCAGCCUUGGACCGGAGACCAAAGGCUCCCUGUCGACCCUUCCCAUUCCGUCCCGAACCCUGGGAAGUUUGCCUUCCCCGGGGGGCUCUGACGGUCCUACACUCGAUGUCAGAUGGUCGACGAGUUUCCAAUCUGGCGCCGUGUCACCCGGAGCGAAGGUUGGCUGGAGAGAAUCCAUCGGAUAUCGGAGUCCAAGUGUUGAGAGCAGUGCCCCGUCGUCCGCGGUGGAUUAUGACCAUUCUGCCUACCUUCGAGAUGUCUGCCGCCGCCGAGUAGGUGGAACGACACCCCAGUUUGAUGAAACCCUCAGCCUCCCCAGCCGAUCGAAUAGAGGAAGCUAUGAUCAGGGCGUUUUUUCGGACAUAGAAGGCGACUUUUCGACCGAUGAACAUUUGCCACCUCGGUUGUUCCAUGUUCGUGAAGCAACACCGCCGUAUCUAGGGGCAUCGAAAUCGGGCAUCAAACGGAGGGCCUCUUCGCCACCCAGGGAACCGAUAGGCGACGAUAGGCACACGCUCCAUAUCACCACGAGUAACGGCGACCUCUCCCAGAGACGAACCAGUGGCCAUCCGUUUACCAACAACCUUUCCGUCAACAGUGGUUAUGCCCCCAGCCACGGGAGUCUCUCAGCUGCUUCGUCGCUCAGCCUUCGAACAUCGGGAUCAUAUUCAUCAGCUGCUCUCUCGGCCGGUGGAAGUAGUAUGACCAGUAUGUCGGCUUAUGAUCGCCCUUCGCCUGGAGGGCAUUCACCAAAUUCAGAUGCGGAUCCGUUCCAUGAUAAGUCGCUUCUCAACCCUAGCUCCCCUAACGGAGCCAUCGGCCCAUCGGUUGCAAGGGCUGUUCAAAACCCGAGUACACUAGAGCCUUCAAGCGCAAAUACGGCCCGGAAAAUGUCAUUGCAAACGACUCUCAAUGUGCCAAAGCCGACAGGCCCCAAGAUAGGAGGUUUGUAUAUCUGUGAUUGUUGCCCCAAGAAGCCUAAGAAAUUCGACAAUCCUGAGGAGCUACGGUCACAUGAGAUGGAGAAGCAAUAUUCUUGUCUAUUCUGCAACAACCGGUUCAAGAACAAGAACGAAGCGGAGCGCCACCAAAACUCCCUUCAUCUGCGACGUCACUCUUGGUCGUGUGCGGCGUUGGUUGGGUUCCAGGCCGCAUUUCAUCCUUCAUCGUCUCCAUCGUCCCAAACGAGCUCGGGGCCAUCCCAUGACACAUGUGGAUAUUGCGGCGAAGAAUUUUCUAAUUUCCCUCAACCGGAUUGGGAUCGUCGAUUCGAACAUCUGACUGCCGUGCACAAGUUUGGGGAGUGCAACAACGCAAAGAAAUUCUUCCGCGCAGAUCAUUUCCGGCAGCACCUCAAACACAGCCAUGCGGGCACGAGUGGAAAAUGGACUAAUAUCCUGGAGAAUGCUUGCAUGAAGGAAGAAGCUCCUCCGGAGCCCAAGAAUUCCAACAAUGGCGGAAGCACGGGCUCUGCGACUUCGGGGACGCUUACGUCGAAUAAAAUCAACGAGGUUCUCGGUAGCUGCUGACAACUAUUGCGCUCUGUCGGUGCACAUUCUCUCUCCUGGAGUCUGACGAUGCUCAACUCCAAUUUUGGAUUACAACGAAGUCUCUCUCAUUCCCAUGGUCACCUUAUCUCAUAGACGAUUUGCUGGAGUCAGUGUGCUUGUCGAAAAGAAUACCCCGGAAUACGUGUAUUGCAUCGUUCUCUGAUCUCUUUAUCUUUACCCACGUUUUGACCUUUUUUUUUUUUUUUUUUUUUUUUUUU